CCCGAAAAAAAAAGGAAUUUACCACGUCAGAUCAGAUAACGCUCUUUCAACCUCUCGCACUCUCUCGUCUCAAGCUCUCUCACUCUCCACGAAGCCGAUCGUCGCCGCCGCCGAGCUCUGAUCCAUGCCGUCGAGCUCCGAUCCACGCCGCCGAGCGAAGCUUGUGUACAACGUGAUUUCUGGAGAAAUUUAAACGAUCUUUCUAUCAUUGUUUCAAGAGUUGGUUUAAUUAAGAUGAAUGGGGCCCAAGCCAAGAAUGAAGAAGUGACUUUUGGAAGAUGAAAUGGUCAUGUGACUCUUUACAACAUGAACAAGUGAAUAGGACAGCCAGCUGUUCCCUUACUGCCUUAAAAAGAAAGAAAGAGAGAGAUGAGCGAAUUGGAAGUUCCAGGGAAGGAGGCAAACGUGUUGAAAGGUCAUGAGGGAGCAGUAUUAGCAGCGAGAUUCAACAGCGACGGAAACUAUUGUCUGAGUUGCGGCAAAGACCGUACCAUACGCCUCUGGAAUCCCCACCGUGGCAUCCACAUCAAGACCUACAAAUCCCACGCCCGUGAAGUCCGUGACGUCCACGUCACCCCGGAUAAUUCGAAGCUGUGUUCAUGUGGUGGAGACCGACAAAUCUUUUACUGGGAUGUAUCAACGGGUCGUGUUAUUCGUAAAUUUCGUGGCCAUGAUGGCGAGGUGAAUGCUGUAAAGUUCAAUGAGUAUUCGUCUGUCGUAGUUUCAGCAGGCUAUGAUCAAUCAUUGCGUGCUUGGGACUGCAGAUCUCACAGCACUGAGCCAAUUCAGUGCCUUGAUUUGCAGAUUAUUGAUUCAUUUUCAGACAGUGUUAUGUCUGUCUGUUUAACAAAAAGUGAAAUUAUUGGUGGAAGUGUUGAUGGAACUGUUCGAACAUUUGACAUACGUAUUGGUAGAGAAAUAUCUGAUGACUUGGGGCAACCGGUCAACUGUAUCUCUUUGUCAAAUGAUGGUAACUGCAUAUUAGCCAGUUGCUUAGAUUCUACUUUACGCCUUCUAGACAGAACUUCUGGUGAACUAUUGCAAGAAUAUAAAGGCCAUACUUGUAAGUCCUACAAACUGGAUUGCUGCCUUACCAACACUGAUGCACAUGUAACUGGUGGAUCUGAGGAUGGCUUCAUUUACUUCUGGGAUCUGGUAGAUGCAUCUGUAGUGUCAAGUUUCCGUGCUCAUUCCUCAGUGGUGACAAGUGUGAGUUACCACCCAAAGGACAGCUGCAUGAUAACUGCCUCCGUUGAUGGCACCAUUCGUGUUUGGAAGACAUGAGAACAAAAUCAAUAAACCUUUCUCAGCUUAUGCCAACAAUUUGGAUUUAACAACUUCCACCUACAAAAUUUUGUCCUAAAACCUUUUCCAUAUUAGAGAGAUCUCUUGAAAUUCCAUUCUAAGCUCCCAACAUGCUGCAAUUCUUUGGCUACAAGUUAUUGAUUAAUGAGAAUUUUAAUUCUCCUGUCUUAACUGUUAAGAACAUUGCCAUAAUUCUUUUGGAGUUCACAACUACUAGUGUGUUUUAUAUUACUUACUGUAUUAAAUUUAAGUAUAUCCAUUGAUGUUUUAAGGGGUGACAGUUUUUUGUUUGUCCAACUCCAAAAGUACCAAUUCUGAACAACUCUUGCUGAAAUUGAGUUUGGACAAAUUCAAAUCUGGAUUUAAAAUUUCAAACAAUCCAGUCAUUAUACCGUAUGGGCCAAAUGUAGUAAUAUAAAGAUUGUUUGAAUUUUGU